UGUUUAGGAAUCUUGGCUUUAAAAGCUCAUGUAGCAGAGCGGCGGGGAGAACGGGAAGAGCUGCAGGAUGCUCAUACAAUAUGUUAUGACCUUGCCCAGGAGUGUGAGCCUAUGCCAGCUGACGUGUCACGACUGUCGUACUUUGGGGUCUUCGAUGGUCAUGGUGGGAGCCGUGCAGCGAAGUUUGCAUCACAGCAUCUACAUCAGAAUCUCGUGAAAAAGCUGCCUCGAGGUGAGGGAAGCAGUGUGGACAAGGGAAUUAAGAAAUGUCUGAUCGAUGCUUUCAAGCAGACAGAUGAAGAGUUUUUGAAACAGGCAGCCAGCCAGAAGCCAGCAUGGAAGGAUGGGACUACUGCUAUUUGUGUUUUGGUUGCAGAUAACAACUUGUAUAUUGCCAAUCUCGGGGACAGCAGGUCGAUAAUGUGUAGGAUGAAUGAGGAAACUCAGAAGCCGACUGUAUUAAGCUUAAGUAGAGAACAUAAUCCGACUCAGUAUGAAGAACGGAUGAGAAUACAAAGAGCGGGGGGAAAUGUGAGAGAUGGCAGAGUUUUGGGUAUAUUAGAGGUGUCUCGCUCACUCGGAGAUGGUCAGUUCAAACGUUGUGGCGUUAUCAACACCCCAGAUGUGAAAAGGUGUCCUCUCACUGACAGUGACAGGUUUAUUUUGCUGGCCUGUGAUGGUCUUUUCAAAGUGUUCUCUGCAGAAGAAACUGUAAACUUCAUCCUGAGCCAAGUUCAGGAUGAAAGUGCCCAGACAGAAGAGGGUCUUGGAGACAUGGAUACCCGCUAUGAAUCGGCCUGCCAUCGCCUUGCUAAUGAAGCAGUGCGGCGAGGUGCUGCUGACAAUGUCACCAUACUCAUUGUACAGAUUCAACACUGAUACCCAUGGUAUGGGUAGCUGAGUGUUACAGAGAAAUUAAUUAUUAAUACAACAGCUACAUCUUCCACUGUACUAUAACUAUACCAGUCUGUUGUACAGCUAAGAUGUCAUGAAGCACAGUGCCGUAACCUUUUUAGAGGACUGCCAAACGAGUACUGGAGAACUUUUCGUUGUUAUGUUGUUUUUACAUUCAAAUCAGGACAUUCUUGGUUUGAAAGCCUGUGAUAUAUGCUUUAUGCAGAUAUAGGUUAAGGUGGUUUGGAUGUGUGAUUGAUGAUUUUAUGCUCCUUGUUUAUUUCAGUAAAAAAAAAAAAAAGUUUCAC